AUCCUUUCAUUUAGCAGGUGAGUUCAAGAGAAACUACGCUGUAAUCUGGACCGACUGAGGCUGAGGACGGAAAGGGAAGAAACAGCAAAACCUUAUGGCAGAUCAGCCAUUCAACAUUACGCAGGGUCCUGCCACCACCAACAUGAAGAACCACACCAACUCCAGCUGUAGAUUCAAUGAAGAAUUCAAAUUCAUCCUCCUUCCUGUCAGCUACGCUCUGGUCUUCGUCAUUGGCCUGGCUUUGAAUGCCACAGCUCUGUACGUGAUCGUGUUCCGUACGAAGCGUUGGAAGCCAUCCACCAUCUACAUGUUCAACCUGACCAUGUGUGACACUCUUUACAUCUUUACUUUGCCCUUCCUCAUCUUCUACUACGCCGACCAGAACGACUGGCCGUUCAGUGAACCCUUCUGCAAGCUGAUACGCUUCCUGUUUUAUGCCAACUUGUAUGGUUCUAUCCUGUUUCUGUGCUGCAUCAGUCUGCACCGGUUUGUUGGUAUCUGCCAUCCCGUCCGCUCGCUCAGCUGGGUCAGUGCUCGUCGGGCCAGGCUGGUGUCAGUAGCAGUGUGGGCCUGCGUUUUAUUCUGCCAGGCUCCAGUUCUCUACUUUUCCAGAACCAGAGACGUAAAGACAGAGCGAAUCUGCUAUGACACCACCAGCCCAGAGCUUUUUGAUGACUUCCUAGUGUACAGCUCAUUUGUGUCGGUGAUCAUGUUUGCCUUACCCUUCAUGGUAGUGAUGGUUUGCUAUGGCCUUAUGGUUCGGAAGCUUCUGGAGCCUAGCUGGGGAUCUGACCAGGGUGCUGAAGGGGAAGGAGGCGGUCUAAAAGCCCAGCGAUCUAAGCAGAAGUCGGUGAAGAUGAUCAUCAUUGUUCUGGCAGCAUUCAUGCUGUGCUUCCUUCCUUUCCACCUCACCAGGAGUCUCUACUACUCUUUUAGAUACCUGCGACAAGUCAAUCCAUCACAGAUCAGCUGUAGUUUGGUGGAAGCUGCCAGUUUUGCCUAUAAAGUGACGAGACCUUUAGCCAGCGCCAACAGCUGCGUGGAUCCCAUCCUUUAUUUCCUGGCAGGGCGAGAUGCUCGAAGCAAUCUCACCAAGAAGAGCAAACUGUGCUCAAAAUCCACAAUGAACCGCUGCUUCACAACAAAACUCUGACUCUCUGUCUGAGACUUCAUUUGAUUAAUCUCUAAGUUAAGGAGCAAAGAAAGCUGGUACCUCUUCAUGAAGAACGCGUUUUUUGAAGGAUUUGAAGAAUUUAAUUAUUGUUAUAAAAGUCUGAAAAGUUUGUAUUCGCCCCCUAGAUUCCAUAGUGGCUAUGAGUUUCUUUUUGCAAUUGCAGUAUUAGGUGUUUAUAGUACAUCUCUAGCAGCCUUUCACAUCUAGAAAUUUACAUUUUUUUUUAUGUUCCUCUGCAAAACGGCUCAGUCUGUUUGGGUAUCUAAUGUAAAUAAUUUGGAAUCUAUCUACCAAAGUGUGACGAGACUAAGUCGAUCAAAGCGGCUCUAACUCUUGCAUUGUGUGAAGCUAACCAGUAGAAGGUCAUAGUUUAGUUUUUUUCUUCCAUAUUUUUUCCUCAGUCUCACAUGCAUAAAUAAAACAACAUGAAUAAAAUACAACUCUCCUUUAUUUCCACAGUAAAAACAGCAUACAGAAACAGAUGUGAUAUAAUAAAAGGAGGAAUGAUAUGAAUAAAUACUAAAAUCUCUCAUGUUUUACUUCCUUCCUGCCAAGCUUGAAAACAUUUAUUGUUGACAACAUCAUAGCAAUAAAAUCGUAUGAAAUAAAAACAUGUAAUCAUCAGCUUGGGAUAACGGAUGUCCUCUUAUUUCCAUUGACAGCAUGAUAUGAACAUAAUGCAGCAAAGAAAUCUUGUAAUAGUGCACACUAUGCGGAUGUAAACUAAAGGCUCCAGGAGGGUUCAGACUAUCUGCUGGAUGUUAGUUUAUUAGUUUGUGUAGUUUCUGUUCAGAGUAGAAAUAUC